AUGGUUGGAUGUCGAGUGAUGUGAGUUUCAUUGGAAAAAAUAAGUCCGCAUUAGUCUAGAUCAUCCACAAAUUAUGUAAAUGACUUCUGGGUAAUGUAAAUUAAACAUCCAGUGAUUUUCGAACCAGGGUUUCUAUUAUACAGUACCUGGGUUGCUAAUCUACAGUACCAGGGUUUCUAAACACUUUUUUGUGCCCCCAUCAAUCAAUGGGUGGGGGCACGAAACCACCUGGUGGGUGCGAAAAAUGGGGUGGGGGCGUAAAACGUACAUUUACCAAAAAACUAAUAUGAGCAAUGCUCCAAACAUCCAAAAAAUCACAAAAAUAUUUUUUUUCAGCAAGUUUGAGAAGUUUCAAAGCAAAGAAUUGAAUGCUCAUCUAAUGCCACAAAUUCGAAAACUGAACAAGAUCGAUAUUGCCUUUUCGUUGGCCACUACCGGCAAAUUCAGAGAACGCGUAUGUUUGAAAUAAAUACAAUUUGGAAUUAUCAGAGAAAUUUGCAGAUCAAUUAUUUGAUGAUCUUGUUAUCAAUGAACCCAUGGGCUGAAAAAAUCAAGAUUAUUCGAGACCAAAAUAUUAGUAAAGGAAAGACAAUAAAUCCCGCUAAAUUGAAUGAAAAUCAAUUUGUAAUGGUUUUUGGAGGAUUUGCCACGGUGAGUUCUUCGAAAACAUCAUUUUUUAUAUAAAUCUUAAUUUUUCAGCCCAUAAAUUACGAUGUUUACUCAAUGUUCGCUAACGCUCACAUGAGAAUGUUGACAAUUGCAGUGUGCAACUUCAACUUCCCCCUUCCGAACACCAUGGCUAAUGCGAUUACAACAAAAUUCGGAGUCAAUCCCAUUGAGACUAUCUCGAAGUUACAAAAAUUGGUGAAAUAAAUCGCGAAUGGUGUUCUGUUCAAUAAAUCCAAAAUAACCAGAACAACUGCGGUAUGUUUCCAAAAAUUAAAGAAAAAAAAUGUGAAUCUAUUGUUAUGGUUUCAGAGAUUCAAUAAGAUACAAAAUGAUGAAAGAUUAGAUCAAUUGAAAGAGCAAGGUGUUAACAGAACAACAGCUAUUGAAUAUGUAUUCAACAACAAAACAAUUUUGGACGGUGAAUAUGAACUGAUUAUGUGAGUUUAACAACAAAAACACACAAUUCUCCGAUUUUGAAAAAUAUAACUCGUUUAAGGUCAUGUUCAUGGAGAUCAACACUUGCUGAAAUUAACGAAAAGCGAAGAGUUUUAGAGGGAGAAAAGGAAGACGAAUAUCCCACAGAUCUCGAAACGGAUGAUGAAGAGUGA